AUGAGUGAUCAUCAUCAAGAAGAAGAAGAUGACGAACACCAGAUGGUUGAUCAAGAAGAAGAUGACAAAAACCAGGCCUCUGCCAGGCCGAAACGUCACAGGGAUCUAACUGAGAAAGGUCAAGAACUCCUAGACAAACAGAUUAACACUUACUCAGCUCGUUUACAAAAGUUAUGGAAAAAUGUAGACACUAUCAUCGAGGAAGUAGACCACACAUCUUCUAAAAAUCCAGAACUCAUCAUACAUUUGAAAUCACAAUUAGAAACAAGAAUAGAUGCAUUCGACGUACUCUUCAGUGAAUUCUGUGGUUUUCUGGAAAGACAUCGAACUGAAAAAUGUGUACAUGAACUUCAAAAACUCAAGUUUUCAAAGAAAGGAUAUUCUAUCUUAUUUGAUACUGCUUUCAGAAAACUGAAUGCAUUGUACCAACAGUCACCACAGCUUCAUGAACAGAAACCACCUCAGGAAGAAGAUGUUCAUUCAAAUAGGUCAACUAAGAGAUCACAAGAAAAUGCCUCACAAACUUCUUCAAUCAGCAGUAAACAAAGCUCAUUGUCUGAAAAGAGAAAGAAAGCAGAAAUUGCCCGUGCCAAAUUAAAAUAUACCGAACUUGAAAUGAAAAUUAAGAAGGAACAAUCUCUUCUAGCAUUAGAAAGAGCUAAGUCUCAGAAAAUGACAGACGAUUUAGAAGCAGAUCUACAAUUACUAUCUGUUAAAAAGGAAGUCGCAGUUGCUGAAGCGGAAAUUCUCAGUGAAGAGGAAGGAAGUCAGUGUGGUCAUAGUGAUACAUGUAUUAAACAUUUAGAGAGUGUUGACAGUAAAGAACGUACAAAAUCAUAUGUAGAGCAACAUGCUCAAAUCAGAACUCAAAAUAAAAACAUUUGUGUAGAACCUGAAACUAUUGUGAAAGAAAAUGUUAAUCAACAUAGUCAGAGUUGCAUUCCAGAACCUUGUACAUCUAUACUGAAUCCUCAGGCUCUUCCAUACUUUCCACCACAGCCGUCCUGGAGUGUAGGAGGACAAGCAGUGACUUCAGAUUUCACUCGUUAUCUCUUGAAAAAAGACUUGAUGCUUUCACGUCUCAUCAAAUUUAAUGACAAACCUGAAUUCUACCCGUCAUGGAAAGCAACCUUUAAAUCUGUUAUGAGAGACUUACAAGUGACACCAGAAGAGGAAAUUGACUUUCUUAUCAAAUUCACUAGUCUAUCAGCACAACAACAGAUUAUCAGCAUUAAAGCAGCAAGUGCCAGCAAUCCAGUGCAUGGACUUCAGAGAAUUUGGCAAAGAUUAGAGGAGAGAUUUGGUUGUCCUGAAAUGAUAGAAUCUGCUUUAAAAACAAAACUGAACUCAUUUGCUCCUAUUACAUCGAAAGAUUAUCGUCGUCUAUAUGACUUGUCUGAUAUUUUGGAUGAAAUCCUAGCAGCAAAAGAAGAUAUCCGUUACCAGUCAUUACUUGCAUAUUUUGAUGCGUCGACAGGAGUGACACCUAUCGUCAUGAAGCUUCCGUACCAACUUCAAGAAAAAUGGACGAAUACAGCAAUGAAAUACAUAAGUGAACAUCAUGUUGUGUUUCCCCCAUUUCAUGUAUUUGCAAACUUUAUUCGUGAGCAAAGCCGUAUCAAGAACAAUCCCAGUUUUGCUUAUACAGAUAGAAACUUGCAUAUGCAGAAACACAGUGACAAAACUCUGAAGAUUUCAAACAGGAAAACAGCUGUGUCUCGGCAACCACAGAUUCUUCGUAACUCAGGAAAAGAAAACCAGUGUCCCCUUCAUAAGACAAACCAUUCCUUGGAACAGUGCAGAGCUUUCAGAACAAAGCCAUUUGACGAACGGAGGAAGAUCUUGAAAGAUAACAAUUUGUGUUAUAGAUGUUGUUCAAGAGAUCAUAAACAAGCAGAGUGUCAUUCUGAUGUGCAGUGUGGAGAAUGUGGAAGCAAAUUUCACACAUCACCAUUACAUGUGAACAGGACAAAAGUUCAGACUUCAUACCCUUGGAGAAACUAUGGCGGGGAGAAUUUCACUGAGAGACAAGUUUUAGAUUCUGAAAAUGUGAACAACCCAGCUGUGAAUUCUAAGUGUACACAAAUCUGUGGACAAACAUUUGGUGGAAAAUCUUGUGCUAAAACCAUUCUGGUGCAUGUGUACCCAAAACACUGUCCGCAAAAAUCUGUGAAAAUUUAUGCAGUGAUUGAUGACCAGUCAAACAGAACACUAGCUAAACCAGAACUCUUUGAUCUUAUGGACACUCAUGGAACUAUGACAAAUUACCUGUUAACAUCUUGUUCAGGAAAAGUUCAAAGGUCAGGACGUAAAGUUCAUGGAUUAGUUGUUGAGUCAUUAGAUGGACAAAACUGUAUAGAUAUACCUACCAUCAUUGAGUGUGAUGAAAUUCCUGAAGUCAGAGAGGAAAUUCCUACACCAGAUGUAGCCCUACAUUAUGAACAUUUGCAUGACAUUGCUGAUCACAUACCACCAGUUGAUCCUAAUGCAGAAAUCCUGUUACUGAUAGGAAGGGACAUAACCAAAGCACAUCACGUUUUAGACCAACGCAUUGGAUUGGGAAAUCAACCCUAUGCCCAAAAACUGUCCCUUGGUUGGACUAUCAUUGGUGAGACUUGUUUGGGAAAAACCCAUAAACCAGAUGUCAUUAAUGUCAUGAAAACUUGUGUUCUACCUGAUAGCCGUCCAACUCUGAUGCUACCUUGCAACAGUAACUUACAGGUCAAAGAAAAAAUCCUCAAUGAAACCUCAACAAACAUCAUGUGUACAAAAACUGAAAUUGGUGAAAGUGUUUUUCAGAGGACAGAGAAUGAUGAAAAGUUAGGACUUUCUAUGGAUGAUCAUGAGUUCUUAGACAUCAUGAAUUUAGAAUUUACAAAAGAUCUUGAUGGACAUUGGCAAGCUCCACUUCCUUUUCGUAAGGACCGUCAAAGACUAGUAAACAACUAUGAUCAAGCUAGGAAGAGAGCAAAACAGUUAGAUUACACUUUGCAGAAGGAUCCUACAAAGAAAGAACAUUUUGUGGAAUUUAUGGAUGCAUUGUUCAAGAAUCAUCAUGCAGAAAUAGCACCGCCUCUACAGAAUGGAGAAGAGUGUUGGUACUUACCAUUGUUUGGAGUUUACAACCCAAAGAAACCAAACAAAAUUCGAGUUGUGUUUGAUUCUUCAGCAAAAUUCGAAGGAAAGUCGCUUAACGACGUACUACUUACCGGACCAGACUUGACAAACAGUCUUCUGGGUGUUUUACUACGGUUCCGCAGAGAGAAAGUCGCAUUAAUUGGAGAUAUUGAACAGAUGUUUUAUUGUUUUAAAGUCUGUGAACCUCAUCGAAAUUUCUUGCGAUUUCUAUGGCAUGAAGACAACAAUCCUGAAAAGAGACUGAUCGAAUACCGUAUGACUGUUCACGUCUUCGGAAACAGUCCCUCGCCAGCCAUCGCAACCUACGGAUUACGCAAGACUGUGAAGGAAGUAGAAGAUAUGUUUGGGACAGAUGUAAUUCAGUAUGUAGAACGUGAUUUUUAUGUGGAUGAUGGAUUAACAUCACAACCUACUGUAGAAAAAGCUGUGGACCUAAUGAAAAGAACACAGAAAGCAUUGAGUUAUGGGAAAUUACGUCUACACAAAAUAGCUUCAAACAACCAGGAAGUUAUGAACGCUUUUCCACCUAGUGAUCUGUCAAGUGAAAUGAAAGACUUGGAUUUAUCAAAAGACAAUCUACCAACACAGCGCAGUCUAGGACUUAAUUGGGACUUACAGUCAGAUUCGUUUUUCUUUAAAAUUUCAAAUGAUGUCAAACCAUUCACAAGAAGAGGUGUGUUAUCAACAAUAAAUAGUAUAUUUGACCCCCUAGGAUUUCUCGCCCCAAUUAUCAUCCAAGGCAAGUCACUUAUGAGGAAUCUACUUCAAGAAACGGUCAACUGGGAUGAACCUUUACCAGAAAAUCAGUCUACUCAGUGGGAAAAAUGGAAAAAUUCCUUACAACAUCUCCAAAAUCUACACAUCCCAAGAGUUUACAUAGAACUGACUCAGUCGUGGAGUGAGACAAUGAACAAAACAAUUCACAUUUUUUGUGAUGCUUCAGAAUCAGCAAUAUCAGCAGUGGCCUAUGUAGAAUCACAAGGAAACUUUGGAUUUAUCCUCGGCAAAUCAAAACUUGCGCCCUUAAAAGGACAUUCGAUACCACGUUUAGAACUUUGUGGCGCUGUGCUAGCUGUGGAAAUUGCUAAGUGUGUAUCAGAACAGCUAGAAUUACCGAUUGAACAUUUUAAGUUUUACUGUGAUAGUAAAGUAGUGUUGGGAUAUAUUUUCAACAAUUCAAGGAGAUUCUAUCAGUAUGUGGCAAACAGAGUGAUGCAAAUUCGUAAAGUGACCAAACCAGAUCAGUGGUCAUACAUAUCAACAGACAAAAAUCCAGCUGAUCAAGCAACAAGACAGAUACCAGUUAAAGCUCUACAAAACAGUACUUGGCUCUUAGGACCAUCACCUGCACACUUACAACAGAUUCAGCACCCAUGCGUAUCUUAUGAGAUGGUGGACCCAGAUUCAGACAGGGAAGUCAGACAAGAAAUCACUUGUCUAAAGGUUGACAUCUCUAGACUUGGACUGAAAUCAGAAAGAUUCUCAUGUUUUUCGCAAUGGAGGAAACUUGUUGAAACUAUUGCCAGACUUCAGCAUAUAGCACAUUCCUUUCAACAAGGAGACAGUAAAUGCUCUGGGUGGCAUGUGUGUGAAGAUUCAAGAACUGUGGAAAAUUUCAACAAAGCUGAGAAACUUAUCAUCAAAAUUGUGCAGAAUGAAGUGUAUUUAGAAGAAAUUCAGUGCAUAUUGAAAGAAAAACCUCUACCUAGAGAUAGUAACAUUUUACCUCUUUCGCCAUUCUUGGAUAAAGAUGGAAUACUGAGAGUCGGAGGACGUCUCAACAAAAGUUCUUUACCAAUCAAUGAGAAAAAUCCAGUGAUAAUACCCAGAAACCAUCAUAUAGCGUUGUUGAUUGUUCGUGACUAUCAUGAACUCUGUAAACAUCAAGGUCGCCACUUAACAGCAGGAGCGAUUCGUAGUGCUGGAUUCUGGAUAAUAGGAGCCAGAAAAUUAGUUUCAUCCAUACUUCACAACUGUGUCAAAUGCAGAAAAUUACGUGGAAAGCUAUUGUGUCAAAAAAUGUCGGACCUUCCUACCGAUCGUUUGGAGCCUAGUCCACCAUUUACUUACAUUGGCCUGGAUACGUUUGGACCAUGGGAGAUAGUUACUCGUCGGACGCGUGGAGGAUCUGCAAACUCGAAAAGAUGGGCAAUCUUAUUUACCUGCCUUACAACGAGAGGAAUUCACAUUGAAGUUGUGGAGGAGUUAAGCUCUUCAUCAUUUAUCAACGCCUUUAAGCGGUUUGAAGCCAUUCGAGGAAAAGUUACCCAAAUUCGUUCAGAUCAAGGAACCAAUUUCGUGGGUGCUAUAAAUGACCUGAAAAUUGAUUCAACUGGACUCAACUUGGAAGACGGUAAAAUCAAAAACUUCCUUUAUGAGUGUGGAACUACUUGGAAGUUUAAUCCACCCCACUCUUCGCAUAUGGGUGGCGCAUGGGAACGCCUCAUUGGAGUAGUAAGACGUGUGAUUGAUGCAGUUAUGUUGGAGAUACCAGCUAGAUCACUAACUCAUGAAACACUGACGACAUUUAUGGCAGAAGUUUCAGCAAUCGUAAAUGCCAGACCAUUAGUCCCCUUAUCGGAAGAUGCAGAUGAACCGUACCCUCUGAGCCCUUCCAUGAUACUUACCCAGAAAACUCCUGUGAUCGUCGACCUUCCUGUUGACAAGAUGAACAUGUAUCAAGCUCAGUGGAAACGUGUACAGCAUAUGGCAGAUUUAUUCUGGACACGCUGGAGAAAAGAGUAUCUUUAUACUUUACAGAUUCGUCGCAAGUGGACGCGUAGUGAAAGAAACAUUACACAAGGUGAUAUUGUGUUACUUCGCGAUAAAGAUGUUCAUCGUAACCUUUGGCCUAUGGGUGUCAUUGUGAAAGUGUUUCCCAGUGAUGACGGGAAAGUUCGUAAAGCUGAAAUUCGUGUCGCGAAACGCGGUUGCCAGUCGUCAACAUUCAUUCGUCCAGUUACAGAGAUGGUGCUGCUACUAUCCAAUGACAUUGAUGUAUAGCUUGUAAUUGUAUAUGUGAUGUUAGAAACAUCAGACGGGGAGUGUGCUGUCACAGUUCUUAUUUUUUAUUUAUUUUUGUUUGCUUUUUUGUGUAAUUAUAUGGAGUGAAAUAUGUGUAUUAUUCAGAUAUCAGAAAGAGUUAUCCUUCUUUGUAAAUUUUUGAAUUAUCUUCCUUGAGUGGAAAUCUUUUGUGUCAGGAGUUAUCUCCCUCAUUUUCUCGUGCAAGUUUUCAUUCAGUCUGCCAUUAGAGUUCCAUCCAUGAGGAUGUACAUGUAACAUUCUACCUUCUUACGAUUUGUGGCCUAUUACCAUUUAUUUACCUCAUUCGCUCACUCGCUCAUUCGCUUACUCGCUCGUGUAGACUCACUCGCUCACUUAGGCUCACUCACAUAGGCUCACUUUGUCUCACUCACCUAGGCUCAUUCGCUCAUUCACUGAUUGGAAUAUGAAUUCGCUUGUUAAUAAAUAUGGAACCAGU